CUCCAAGCACAUGUUUUUAUUUCCAGCCUCUUUUCCAAAUAGUAGCCAAAGGAAGAACACGCAGAAAUUUGUAUCCUUGCAAUCAAGAUCGACCUUCUUUUGUGGUUUACGCUCCAGACGUAUUUGCUUCAAGACUCUUUCCUAACAGUUCUGAUUUGCCCUGGAGAUAUGUGUGUGUUUUGUAGCGUGACGGGAAGCUUCAAUUCAACUAUCAUUAAAAGUAGCAAAUUGCCUUCACUAUGACAAAGGAAAAUAAUGUGACGCACUCAAGUUUCAAACUAAACCUCAAUUUGAAUUUAUAAAGAUCUUUUUAGAUUAUUUGAAUCUGAUUAAAAUGUAACUGUUCACGCGUUGAUUUCAGCAUCUUCUUCAUUUGUGUGCAGCAUCUUCGUAAAUUUGUGUGGCGUGUAUUGAUCUCUCGUUUAACCUUCUAUCUUUGAGGAUAACAAAAGAAAUAAUUAUAGCAGACAAAUGUGCACAGGGGUGCUGUAUUACGAACAAUGGUGUACGGUUUUAAGAUUUUGGUAAAAGACGAAUCCGCGAUUGUGUCUGAAGUUCUACCAUGUAUACAUAUGGUUUAGAUUUUCUAUGUUUAUUAAUUAUUAUCACGCUGGACAAUCAAAUAGAUUCAUACCAAUAGAAGGAUAAUUAUACCGAGUGCAGCUAGGCUAGUCAUCAUUGAUCGAACAUCUUACAUAAAUAUACAUCGAUACAUAAGAUUGAUAUAUACCAGUUAUCGGGUAUAACUUGUUAAUUUUAUUUUUUCACAUUACAAAACAAUCGCAAAGGUGUUAAAAAUACCGGAGAGAGCUUGAUCAAAGAACAUCAUGUGUUAUUUUCAAAAUAUAUUCGAACAUCUGAUAGAAAUUAGGAUUACAUUUCAUACACAAUGAUCCGAUAUCGUCGAUAUACAAUUAAGCUUUACAGUCUAGUAAUAUUCCUUGUCCUUGGAUUUUUAUUUGCUGGUCAUCUCUACACACAUGACAAACUGAAACGGGCAGACAUUUUAAGUUCCAUCUUUCAGAAUGUCGUCACAGGAUUUUCUUUUAUAACAAGAUUACCACGUGGUGAACUUUAUUUAUACUCUGCAGUAGCCAAUCCAGAUGAAAGAUGGGGAAAUUUUACAAGUAUUACAAUAAACUUAUGGGACGGAUCUCAGAAUAAGAAUUUUGAUUGUUGUAUUUUCAACAAGAAAACAAUGGAUAAUUUUGUAACGAAAGAAGCUUUCAUUAAAAACGAUUUUGGAUAUUCUCCUUUCACUGCACGUCAGUACCAGUGCCAGAUUCCCCAAUGCAUUAUGAAUGCAACACAUGUUGGAAUGGUCGAACAUGGUACACCGUGUUCUGCAUUUAUGAAAACAAUACCGGUGUUUUAUCCGAGCCGGGAAAAGGGAAAACUAGCUCUUUGUGCUAAGAUUGCUUACGGAACUUUGUCACCACAACGACUUAUUGAAUGGUUUGAAUAUCAUCGAUUGAUGGGGGUCGAUAAAGUUCUUACUAUGGUCCAAUAUCUUAACGAAGAUGCAUACAAGGUGCUUUUGUAUUAUCAAAAACUUCAAUUUGGAGAUAUUGACGAGUUUCCAUUGCCACUGCCAGGCAAAGUAAUCGGUUUUCCAGACAGAGGUUUUGAGGAAUACCGCUUCACACUGCCUCAAUGUUCACACGACAAACAAGUUGGUGUUUACAGCUGUCAAGAAAAGUUACAGGGAUACGAUUAUGUUGGUGUGGUAGACUUCGAUGAGUACAUAGUCCAUGAUAAUUUAAAGAGUUAUAAAGAUAUUUUAAAUAAUGAACUGAUGCCAAAAUACCCGAAUGCAGCUGGGUUUACAUUUAAUGUCUCUUUCUUUAUUCUGGAUUGGGGAGAAACCGGAAGUGGCGAUUUAUAUCUUACUAAAUACGUACAGAGAACAGAGCCUCGAGUAGAAUGUUUUAAAAAUAUUUACAUUCCCAAUAGGGUAUCUGAUGUAACAACACACACAUUUACAGCUAAAUCUCGAUACAAAAGGUAUCUACUCUCAGAACACAACACGGUGAUACAUCACUACCGAGAGUGUCCAAAAGUUGCUCAAUGGAAGAAUUGUAUGACAGAUCCAAGAACUACAGAUCUUAAGAUGGAAAAAAUUAGAACUGAAAUGACUAAACGAGUAAAAGCUGUACAAAAACAUCUAGGAAUUUAUAAUUAAGUAAUGUGGUACAAUGUUUAAGUCUGGCAACCUGUCUGCUUUUGUAUCGGUGAAUAAAAAAAGUUAAACUGCGAACUUGAUGCGACAUGGGACGGAUUGACGGACGGACAUACAGAGGUAAAACAGUAUACCCCACUUUUGGUUUGGUAAAGCUGCGGCAUAGAUAGUACAAUAUCGGCUUUAACUAAUAACCAUUUAUUACUAAACGGAAUUGAACUCAUAAGUUACACUAUUUUGACUUUUGGUACGUUUUUCCUCAUGCAUAAUAAUGCAAAACAUGUUUUUGUUCGAAAAAUUACAUGUAAAAAAUGCCCAAAAUAUCGACAUAUCUGGUAAAAUCAAACCAAACUUGACUUACCUAAAUGAACUGAUAUAUCAUAAAUAACAAAACAGACAUACCGUGAUUUUCAAAUAUAUUUCAAUUGACCAUAAACAUAAUCAAAUAGAUCAACAAUAAUCUUCAAAUAUAUGGAAGCUGACCAAUCAAAUAUGACCCUCAGACCAAUUAUGUGUAUUCAAAAUACCUUCAAAAAUCAAAAAAAUGGAUUUUUAUAUCCAAUGUAUGAAAUUCAUAAUUUAUUUUAUAUUUUCAAGUGUAUUAAUGCAGACUUAAACAUUGGAAUUUCAUGUAGUCGAACCUUUUGACCAAAGACACAUGUAUUGCCUACAUUUGAAGAUUUUGUGCGUAUAUUGUGCCAACGUAUCUCUAUGUGUUCCGUCAAACCGAAGUUCUCCAGGAAACAUUGUUAUAAAACGUGAAUGCGAAAAUAUCGACAUAAAUUUCCAGCUGGAACACUUUAUUCCGCUAGGAACAAAAACUGUGAUAUUUGUUCCAUUAGAAAAAACAUUCCAGAAUAUUCGUUUCGUUAAUAUCAUCAUCAUGAAGAAAUUUCUUUUUCAUAACAAUCCCAGUAAUUUAUUUGUCGAAUUGCUCUGUUAUUUUUAAUAAAUAAAAUGUAGUUGAUCGUC